AUGUUCACAGCUGACCCUCCCAUCUCUGCCACCGGCGUCGGCGUCGGUUACGGCAUCGCCAUUGCCGUCAGCAUCCUCGUACUCAUCUCCGCCAUCAUGCUCGCCUCUUACGCAUGCGUCAGAGUCAAAUCCCAUGGCGGUUAUUACAGCGACGACUACGACGAGCAGUACUCCAACUCCCACCGCCGCUCCCCCACCACCACCAGCAACUAUUCCGCCGAGCCCGCGACGGUCGUGCUGGGCCUUGAUGGUCCCACCAUAGAUUCAUACCCGAAGAUAGUUCUCGGUGAAAGCAAGCGGCUGCCGAAGCCGAACGACGGCGUUUGCUCCAUCUGCUUGUCGGAGUACCAAGCCAAGGAUCCCGUACGGUGCAUCCCGGAAUGCCAUCACUGCUUCCACGUUGAUUGCGUAGACGAAUGGCUGCGCAUGAGUGCCACGUGUCCCGUCUGUAGAAACUCUCCGGCUCCUUCGCCGGUGCCAAGUCCUCUGUCCAAUUUGGUACCUAUGGCGUUCCAUUCUACGUGA